AUGCGAAUCGCUGAGUUGAAACGAAGUGGUUUAUGGAGUGGCAGCCGUCUUCCGUUGUGUGUCGACCCUCCUCGAAAUAAAACGCACUGGGAUUACGUUCUCGAAGAAGUGAAAUGGAUGGCUACAGAUUUCCGUAUGGAACGGCAGUUCAAACGCACAGUUGCACGAAAGAUUGCUUCAGCCAUUCAGAAAAAGCGGAGAGACGAUGAGCUUGAACAAGAGCGAGCUCAACAACGAGCUAUAAGGGAAAUUCUGGAAGCCAAGAAACGAAAAGCGCUCGAUGCUCACAUGGCCUUUAUCGUUGGUGAGGCUGAUAAGCUGAGCUCGAUAGUGCAAGAAGGUUUGACGCAGGAUAGGGCUUCUAAAACACCUUCGGUCAACUCACGUGAUGAGGAAAAUGGUAUAAAUAUUAAAUAA